GCGACCCUUACUCGGCGCAUUACAUCCACCCCUUUCCAAAACAACACAUGCCGCCGAACGGACAGAAACAUGUUAAACGAGCAUUUAACCGAUAGCGUUAUUUGACGUUAAUCGAGCGAAGCUUGGAUUUCGCCGUGCCGUAAAGCGGCGUGCCGUAACGCAGCCAUUGUUGUUGUGAGGAACUGUACCUGCACGAGAAGAAGGAUGUGGAUGUUCAAACUCAAUAUUUGGGCAUUUUUGUGGCUUUUUGUGGGACAGUACGGCGCGUUUGCUCUUCAAGAUGUAACGGCCGACCUUUUCGGUGCCGAAAAUUACGGGACUGUGGCGGCGUUUGGAGACUUUUACGCGGAUAAGCAGACGGACAUCUUCAUUAUCAGAGGGCAGUCUGAGCUGGUGAUAUUCUUGGCUGACUCGAAAAUUCCUUACUUCAAGCCCAAAGUUAACAUCACGAAGGACAUCUUCCCCAGGGACGCCGUCAUCACCAGCGUGGUUCCUGGGGACUACGAUGGAGACUCCCAGAUGGAUGUCCUCCUCACCACAACGAUCCAGAACUCCAAGAUGACCAAUGUGUUCAUCUUCUGGGGCAACAACCAGACAUUAGAUCUGAGUGGGAAGCUCAUGCUGAACAAGAACUUUACGGAUCAACCUCUUGUUAUGGAUUUCAACGGGGACAUGAUCCCGGACAUCUUCGGAGUCACCGAUUCCGUACCGCCCCUAUUCACCGAAGUGUGCUACCUCACCAAAAGGGUUCAGCGGUGGGAGAAAGCGCUGAGCUCAUCUGUCGACAUGCGCAGCCCUCACUCCAACGCCUUCAUUGACCUCAACAGGGACUUCACCGCUGAUUUGUUCCUGACAACUGAGGGGCCUAAGUUUGAGACCUGGAUCAGCAAGGACGGGAACUUCACCAAAGAAGAAGUCACGCUGGCAGAGCCGCCAGUCAAGAUCAUCGGACAGUCCUCCUUCGUGGACUUUGAUGGCGACGGCUACCAGGACCACCUCCUCCCCGUGUGUCUGGAUGCCACCUGCCAGCGCGGCGCCAUCUACAUGGUCAAGUCGGGCUCAGCGGAGUGGGUGCCGGUGCUGCUGGAUUUCCAGCGCAGGGAAACGAUUUGGAGUUUCGUGCCGGGGAAACCCAGCCAGCCCUUGGCGCUGCACUUUGGGGACUACAACCUGGACGGCUUCCCCGACGCCCUGGUGGUCCUCCGCAACACCAGCGGCAGUGGUCAGCAGGCCUUUCUGUUGGAGAACGUGCCCUGUAACAACGCCAGCUGCCAUGGCGUUGGGAGGAUGUUCCAGAUCCUCUGGGACCAGUCGGAUUUGGGAGCCAUCCAAAAUGCCGUCAUGGCAACGUUCUUUGACAUCUAUGAGGACGGUAUAUUAGACAUGCUGGUUCUAAGCCAAGCAGAGGACAAACACGACUUGAUCAUCCACGCUUUGAAGAACAAUUACGAGGCGGAUGCCUACUUCGUGAAAGUGAUGGUGCUCAGCGGCCUCUGCUUCAAUGACUGUCCAGAAGAUGUCAAGCCGUUUGGUGUUAACCAGCCCGGCCCCUAUGUCAUGUACACCACUACGGACUCCAACGGCAACCUGAAGAACGCCUCGGCCGGUCAGUUGAGCCAGUCGGCUCACUUCUCCCUGCAGCUGCCCUACACUGUGCUGGGCCUCGGCCGGAGCGCCAACUUUCUGGAUCACCUGUUCGUCGGCAUCCCCCGGCAGCCCGGAGAGACGGAGAUAAGGAAGAAGGAGUGGACGGCCAUCAUUCCCAACUCUCAGCUCAUCGUCAUCCCCUUCCCACACAACCAACCCCGCAGUUGGAGUGCCAAGUUGUACCUGACUCCUAGCAACAGCGUGCUGCUGACGGCCAUCGCGCUGAUCGGGGUGUGCGUCUUCAUCCUCGUCAUUAUUGGCAUCCUGCACUGGCAAGAGAAGAAAGCGGACGACAGGGAGAAGAGGCAGGAAGCCCACCGUUUCCACUUCGAUGCCAUGUGAAGGAGGAGAAGUGGGAGAACGUCGUCGCCUCAUCUCCUCCCCCCCGUCACACACGCACGCCUCCUUUCAAGGGCCAAUAAACGGAUCUUCGUUUGCUCCAAAAAACGUUUCUUUUCAAUCUUUCUCAGUCCUUCAGUCAGGUGUGAAAUAUUUAUGUUCCAUUUGAUGUAUUCAUCCCGGUGGUCGAUGUACAGCAGCUCCAACACGGCCAUGGAGACACGGGGAAAUCCUAAAGGAGAUGAAGCAGGGAUUUAUUUGGACCGGAUGUGGUCAACAGCAUGAUGAUCAGUCGGGUUUUGUUAGGGGAUCAUUUUGAAAGAAAUGAUACCAAUUUACGUUGAAACUGAAAAUUGACUCGAAUAUUAAAAAACUGUUUAAUCACUGGAAAGGAAGCACCUUUGGCGCAGAGUGUUCUAAAUGUGUCAUGUUACUUGAAAUCUAUGUGUGUGUUACUGUCCGUUGUCUUUUUUUUUUUAUUAAGUUACGGAAUUCUUCUGAUUUUAUAACCUGUGAAAUUAAAAUGAACUGUAUUCUGUGAUAUCAAUCUGGGCCUCAGGCAACACAACGUGGACACACGCAACAUCGAUCUCAACAAUCUCUUCGGGGUCUGCUGAGUGCAAAUUCGUCUCCUCAGCAGAUCGGAUCAGAGUGCCAAAAAUAAAAAAAUGAAGUUUCUAAUGCUUCUGCAUCGAGGGUCGAAUCGUCUCCAAGAAGCGUUUGCAUGUUGGACCGUUGAAUAAGGCACAGGUUUGUUUACUCGAGAUGUGGUUCUAAUUUCAGUCAAGCGCUUUGGUGCGUUUGCUAUGUUUAUUUCACUAGAAUGAGCUAAUGUCUUUCCGAGCGGUUUGCACUUUUAACCAAUGAUUAAUAGCAGGCGUAUGUCAUUUAUUUAAUUUUUGCUAUUAAAUGUUCAAGCUAUUAAAUGUGUUUACUCACUGAGGUUGAGAAUAAAAGGUUUGUCCUGCUUAAAUCAA